UCAAUAAUAGAGCAAGCAGAGCUGUGUACCACUAAACUGCAAAACUUUAUACACUGAUUUGCGGCCAUCAAUCACACCAUAUGCCCAGUAGUAUUUUUUCUUUUCUUUUUAUGUUUUGGUUUCUCAUAUACACAGUUAUCCACAAUAUCGAUCACUCAGUCCAUUCUACAUCUAAACGAAAAACAGAGAUAGUCUGAUACCACGGCCAGCAGACAGCAAGUCCGGAUGGCAAGCUAUAGAGGACUCAGAGCGUUGCAUAUCUGCAGUGUUGGAUAAAGAUCUUGCAUCGUUUCUAUAUAGCUUAGAGGUUAUACCACAUUUGGAUGCUAAGAUAUGGUACUAGACAUCUGAAGGAGUAAUUCUGUAAAUUGGCAUGAAAAUUGGAACUCCAGAUAAUGAUGAAGCCGGAAGGGAUAUACUCAAUUAAAAACCAAUUCUAUCGCUCCCUUGAUCUUGAGGGAUCAAGAUUAAUUCAGAUUUUCCUGUUUAAGUUGGCUGGGCCUACACAUAGUUUAAAGGCUGAUUCUUUAUUUUGGACAUCGUUUCCUUGAUAAGCUUUAGAUAUGAAUUCUCGUUCACAUCAGCGAGGGAAUGGUAUAAGUAUAAAUGAUACUGAAGAGCAGGCUCCUGAGGUUGGCAAAGUUGCAUCAGUGAAAGAAUCUAAGACAGAAAAGACAAGUUCGGACUCACGAGGGAAUUCUCUUCCAUGGGAUUGGAAUAGAAUAAGUAAAUGGGUAAAUUCUCUUCCAUGGGAUUGGAAUCUAAUAGUUAUAUUGGUGCGCAUAAUCGCAUUAUCACUGGAACCCUUGUUCUUGUAUUGUCUCAUGAUCAAUGAAUACAAGAAAUGUGUUGAGAUUGACAGAAAGUUGGGGAUCACUGCUAUUGUUUCGCGAUCUUUCCUUGAUAUCAGUUACCUAGUGCUGCGAUUUCAUACUGGGUUUUUAGGCAACCAAUUUCGGAAAUAUAGAAGAAAAUUAAAAAAUAAGUUACACACAGAAAGAAAAGGAGCCGUGUCAAGAUCAGCGACCAUGGCCCCCACUGGCUCCUCCGACUCAACACCUGUUAAAGAUAAGUGGCAAACAGAUCUCAGAAAAUAUAUCUUGCAUCGACACUUUCUAUUUGACAUUUUAGUUUUUCUUCCCAUCCCACAGGUGGUAAUGUUAUGCAUACUCUUAGACGUGAGAGCCAUGAAAUCUUUAAAAACAUUACAGAUCUUAAACAUUUUUAUUUUCUUCCAAUAUUGGCCAAGAGUUUUUCAAAUUUACCUACCAAGGAAGGAUCUGGGAUCAAAUCAUGAGAUACUUGGUGGAAGGCUAUGGGUCCUAGGUCCACUGGAUUUCUUUCUAUACAUCAUUGCCGGCCAUGUAUUAGGAGCCUUUUGGUAUUGUUUCUCUAUUCAACGAACUGUGGCUUGCUGGUACAUGGCGUGUAAAAAUCAUGGUGGAUGUGUCCGAAAUUCUUUUUAUUACUGUGACCACAACUUUCGCUAUCACUCCGUUUUAGAUGAUUUUUGCCCUAAAAACAUGCCAAAUGCGGAGCUCUUUGAUUUUGGAGUAUAUCUCAACGCUCAUCAGUCUAAUAUCUUAGAGUCCAAAAAUAUUCCACAAAAAAUAUUCUACUGUUUCUGUUGGGGCAUGCGAAAUCUGAGUUCUUUUGGUUCAAACCUCCAAAUAAGUAGCGAUGUAUGGGAAAACUGCUUUGUACUUUGCAUUACUAUCUUUGGCUUGUUACUAUUUUUAUAUUACAUGGGAAAUUUUCAGAUAUACUUGCAGCGGCGGAUAACUUCAAAAUCAAUUGCAGAAGCUGCGAAAAGAAAAGAAGAAAGCAUUAACUCAUGGAUUCAAAAUAAAAAGCUCAAGGCAGAAACAAGCAGUGAAAUUAUUAAGAUCAUGCAAAAGAAAUUUCACGAAAAGGAAGAUAUUUAUGUGGAGAUCCUGAUUUCUGAACUUCCUUCACAACUUCAAAGGGAUGUCAAGAACCAAAUCUGCUUUAAUCCACUAAAGAAUCUCAUGAUCGAAAAAGAGAAUGAUUUGGCUAGUCCUAAGCAUGAUAAAUUGUUGCGUGACAUCUGCAACUCUCUCAAGCCAGUAUACUACAACGAGCAGUGCUACAUUGUUCGGGAGGGAGAGCCUAUGGAUGCGGUAUUCUUGAUUACAGACGGCAGUGCAUGGGCCUUUCCAAGCAGCAGUAAUGGUGAAGGAACAGGAACUGCAUCCCGACAUGCUGAGCGUCUUGAAGCAGGUGACUUCUUUGGAGAAGAACUUUUUGAAUUGGUUAGUGAACCUUACUCCGCCAACAUGUUCAAUCUACCCAGAGUUCCCAUUUACCCAAAAUCUCUCAAAACCCAUACAAAAGUGGAAGCCUUUGUUCUAAUGGCCAACGACUUUGCAUUCGUGGUUGAAGAAAAACUUCUGAAUCCAGCAGAGCCUGAUGAUAUUGUUGAAUGCCCUAAGUGUUGGUGCUUCAAGAAAAUGCCAGAAUUUAGCAGUACCUGACACUGUUGUUGCAAAGAAAUGGUUUGUACUGAUGUCUUUGUAUUAUGUUUGUUUUUCUAGUGAUGGAGGUGCUACUUGUUUGGACUUUGGAUUCUCAAUGGUAAUGGUAAAUUUAGGAAAGAGACAAUGUGUGCGAUUGGAUUGAAAUGAAAAAUUAAAAUUAUUUCACUAGUUAAUUUA